AUGCCUCUGUUCAUGACGUGUAGAGUUCUGCUGGCUCUGGGGCUGGUGAUGCCAGGGCUCGCUGACAAGACAGAGCUACAGAAGAAGAGAUACAAGCCAGUGAAGGGUGUGAAAUUAACCCUGGAUUCCAGUCUGAUGAAAACCUCCCCUGACGUUGUCUCACAUUUAAACAACAAGGCCCUCUCUCCCUGGAAAUACAGACACAUGUAUGACGAGGACCGCAUUCCCCAGCGGUUGUCCCAGGCAGAGUGCCUCAGCUCCUACUGUAAAUUCCCCAACAGAGGGGAGGACCUGGGGUUCGAAUCCAAGCCCAUCUCCUACCAGACCCUAGUACUGCGCAGGAUACCGUCCCCGGGCCGGAGGAGGGGAAACAAGGGACGGACAACCAGGGAGGACCACGUGUUCAGGUUGGAGAGUGAGAUUGUAACCGUGGGCUGCACUUGUGUGGUUCCCAGUAUUAUCCAGCAGGAUUACUACUAGCAUUCACUGUCCAGGGAGAGGAAAUCUAGAAGACUAUGGCCAGGUUUAAACCCUCUUUAGAUGCUUUCUUUCUUUCCUACCUACCUGCCUCCUUCCUUCCUCCCUCCCUCUUUCUGAAAAAUCACGGAUCAAACAUCAAACAUAGAUAGGGAAUGUCCAAUAUAUGUAUGAGUAGAGUAUUAAAGUGAUAUUGGUGUAUUUGAUUCACCACCCUUAUCUAGUAGGACAUAAAGAGACGUCAGAGGAAACAAGAUAUUUUGACAAAAGAGUUUACUGACCAUGCCAAAGCAAAAACAAUUCAGCCACACAGACAGCAAGUAUAAAUUCAACAGUAUACCCCCAAAUACAGACCAAAAGUUUAAUCUGGCUUCCCAUUUUUAGUCAGUUUGACUCAGGCAACCUCACCCCCCUCC